GGAAAAAGUUGUGACUCCCCCACCCUCUCGAGCGCAGACGGAGAACUUGUUUCGAGGUCCACGGAGCGAGGAAACGGAAUAGAAUAACACGCUCUAGAUGGGAUUAUCGCCGUUUUCAACACGGGGAAACUCCCUUCGUGGCUUCGAGCAGCGAAACGCACCGGACCAGCCCCUCGACACCGCUCAGGAAAAAGCACCGCGAGGGUAAAAAGAGGAUGAGUUGAAGUGCUUUGGAAAGAUAAGGGCCGGCAUGUUGUUCGGGAAGCAGUCACUGAACACUGCUGUCGUGUUUUCUGCGGGGUUUUCCCCCAAAGUUUUGAACACUUUAUUUUUUUCGGGCGAGGGGAGUGGAAAUGCGCAGUGGUCACCCCUGAAAGUUGUCGUUUAAAAAAAAAAAAAAAAAAAAAAAAAAAAAAAGGUCGACUGAAUGCUCCCUUUUCCUGCUAUUCUUCUCUCCACUCCUCUGCACUUCCUGCUUGUGCUGGACCACUCCGCUUAAUGGCUAAAAAUACUUAAAAAAAAAAAAAAAAAAAAACAGACCUCAGAGUCCAGUCAGAAAGCAUUGAUGCACCGUUGUCGGCUAUUUGACCUCCCCCGACCCCUCCUCAUCAUUUCAGCCUUCAAAUAGCAGUUUGCAACUCUUAUUUCAUUUGAAAAAAAAAAAAAAAAACCCCAAAAACAAAUAAAUACUUCAAAACUGACCUCAAGAGUCCAGUUAGGAAGCGUUGAUGAACCUUUGUGAGGUUUCUGGUCUUCUCCACUCAAUAGAUGGAAAUGUUUAUAAACAGUCCAGCCAGGGAGCGUUGAUGAACUAUUGUCAGCGAUAUGACUUUUUACUCAAUAUUUAGCAGUUUUCAACUCUAUUUAAUGGCUUAAAAAAAAAAAAAAUACUUGAAGACGGACCUGAGUCCAUUUGGGAGGUCUUGAAGAACUUUUUUUUGUCAUUUUAGCCUUCACGAGCAGUCUUCAACUCGGAACUUAAUAGGAAUCCAGUCAGGAAGCCUCGAUGAACCGUUGUCAUCUUAAUUUUUUUGUUUUGCAUCGGUUUAGUCUUAAAUAGCAGUGUUCACCUACACUUCAUGGAUACAAAUACUUAAAAAGAGGCCUCCAAGUGGGGCAACCUGAAAGAACAGGUGCCAAGCGAAGGAGCUCAUGUGAGAAAUCGAGGCUGGCGCUGAUAUAUUAUAUUGCGCUCUAACCCUGCGUCGGGUCGCCGCACCGCGCCUGACUUGAAACCACACGACACCGAAUUUUCGAGCGACUCCCAAUUCCCAGCGUCCUAACCUGGCCCCGAUGACGCCGCGCGGGCUCGUUUCCCACCCGGUGCAGAUAUUGUUUGUAUUUCUCGAGUCCAUCCUCUCUGAACAUUUCACUCGUCCCUGAUGAACCAACAAGACAGCCGGGAAAGGGACCGAGGCUCGAUAAAGUACUCCUUUGUACUUUAUUUUCAAACCCUCGGGGUGCAGAGUCCGAUCCGGUCAAAACAAGCGUCGGAGGCUCCAUGGAGCCGCUGAAGAACAUAUUCAGCCGAGGCCCGCUGUCCAACUGGAAGAACUUGGAUCAGUCGCAAAAAGGCAACUUCACCAACCCCGUGUGGACGGCCUUGUUCGACUAUGAGGCGUCUUGCAAAGACGAGCUCACCCUCCGGAAGGGCGACCUGGUGGAGGUCCUCUCCCUGGACUCUGAGAUAUCCGGCGAUGAAGGUUGGUGGGCAGGGAAGGUCAACAACAAGGUGGGCAUCUUCCCCUCCAACUAUGGCUCCUUCAAGCCCAGCGGUUACGGGAAGCUCCCGGGCAGCGGCGUGGUCAGCGAGCUGGGCCCCGCCAUGGUGGGCGACUGCGAGCCCGCCGUGGUGAAUUUCCGCGAACUGAGCCUCCAGGAGGUGAUCGGGGUGGGCGGCUUCGGGAAGGUGUACCGCGGUACGUGGAGGGGCGCGCUGGUGGCGGUGAAGGCCGCCCGCCAGGACCCGGACGAGGACAUCAGCGUGACGGCGCAGAACGUCCGGCAGGAGGCGCGGCUCUUCGCUAUGCUCACCCACCCCAACAUCAUCGCCCUGAAAGGCGUUUGUCUGCAGGAGCCCAAUCUGUGCCUCAUCAUGGAGUACGCCUCGGGCGGGCCGCUGAGCCGGGCGCUGGCGGGCCGCCGCAUCCCGCCGCACGUCCUCGUCGACUGGGCCGUGCAGAUCGCUCGCGGGAUGCUGUACCUCCACAGCGAGGCCAUCGUCCCCGUCAUCCACCGGGACCUCAAGUCCAACAACAUCCUUCUGGCUCAGCCCAUCGAGAACGAAUGCAUGGAGGCCCUGACGCUCAAGAUCACCGACUUCGGCCUGGCCAGGGAGUGGCACAAGACCACCAAGAUGAGCACGGCGGGCACCUACGCUUGGAUGGCCCCUGAGGUUAUCAAGUCCUCGACCUUCUCCAAGGGCAGUGACGUUUGGAGUUACGGUGUUCUGCUGUGGGAGCUGCUGACGGGAGAGGCGCCCUACAGAGGCAUCGACGGGCUCGCCGUGGCGUACGGCGUCGCCGUCAACAAGCUGACGCUGCCCAUCCCUUCCACGUGCCCCGAGCCCUUCGCUCUGCUCAUGUCAGAGUGCUGGGACCAGGACCCCCAUCGCAGACCCAACUUCGGCUCCAUCCUGGCCCAGCUGACGGCGCUGGAGCAGCAGGUGAUGGAGGAGAUGCCGCAGGACUCCUUCCACUCCCUGCAGGAGGACUGGAAGCUGGAGAUUCAGGACAUGUUUGACGAGCUGCGUGCGAAGGAAAAGGAGCUGCGGUGUCGCGAGGAGGAGCUGAAGCGGGCGGCCCUGGAGCAGAAGUCCCACGAGGAGUUCCUGCGGCAGCGCGAGCAGCAGCUCGCCCAGUGGGAGCAGGACGUGUUCGAGCGCGAGCUCAGCCUCCUCAUCCUGCACCUCAACCAGAACCAGAACCAGGAGAAGCCCAACGUCAAGAAGCGCAAGGGCACCUUCAAGAAGCACAAGCUCAAGAGCAAGAACGGCGAAAAGAUCAGCAUGCCCCAAGAUUUCAUCCACAAGAUCACAGUGCAGGCAUCACCCGGCCUGGAGAAGAGGCGGAACUCGCCCGAUUUGGGCUCAGGAUCCUCGCCGUCGUUUGGCCCGCGUUUCCGUGCAAUCCAGCUUAGUCCGAGUGACAACAGCAGGUCCUUUGGUCUGAGCCCGGUGUGGCCCCUGGAGGCCGCAUCCCAUAAGCAGGCCAACGGAGACCUGAAGCUGUGCCCCCACUGGAGGCCCCAGAGCCCCAAAAGUCCCAAGAGCCCAAAAGUCCUGCGCCUCAGUCCUCAAGAGAGCAGUUUGUCAAUGAGAGCCAAGCUGUUGGUGUCGCACUGCAACGAGAACGGCGAAUCCCUCGACGACUUUGAGGAGUACAGACCCUCCGCGCCGACCCCGACCCCAGCUCACAACGGCUCCUCGCUGAAGGACAGCUUACGGCUUCCCCUUCAGCAAGGAGAUUCUGGCAGUGAAGAAGGGGGGUCUUCUCCGGCGGGCUCCCCCAGGCCGGACAGGGGCCCUCUCGGCCCGAUGAAGAGCACCCACCGCGCUCUGCUGGGCAGCGGCUCCCUCUUGGCCUCCGUAGGCUUGGGCCGAUGCUUGGACGUGUCCCCGAAAGCGCCCCCUCGGACUAAUCCCCCGUCCCUUGAGGAGUGCGCCCCCUCCUUUUUGGAGAGCUCGCCCGCGAAGCCCCUCGUUCGGCAAGCCCCCGUCGUGGACGACCUCAUCACCUUCCCCGCCUCUGAGCCGCUUCCCGAUCCGCUUUCGGAUUUAGCCUCGCGGUGCCAGGAACUGAAGCCGCCGCCGAGCGCGGCGCGGGAGCACGCCACCCGGCGGGACCCCAGCCCAGGCGAACGCAACCCGACCUUCCUCUCCGCCAACGGGGACUCGGGUUCGGAGAGCUCGGAGCACAGAAGCGACAGGAGGCGGCGGUCCAGUCCGGGCCUGCGUGGGUCCCAGCUCGUUCUGGACCUGCCCCUGUGCCAAGACACGCAGGACUCUGACGAAAAGCCCCCCACGCCCUACUCUCUCCACCCCAAGGCCGACCUCUGGAGCCCCAAAACCUGCCGCCUGGAGGUCAACGUCAUCCCCCGCCCUCGCCCCUCGCCCGUACGGCCGCGCAUCGACGCUUGGAGCUUCAUCUCGGCGGGCGCCGGCCGUAGCCCGAGCCGCCCGGACAGCGCCCCCCUGGGGUACCAGCCCUCGCCUACCAACCCGUUCACCAAUUGUGACCCCUUCCCUUCGCCCGCCUGCGACCCCUUCGCCCUCAGGGCCGACCCGUCGGGCGCCUGGGACAAAGCGUCGCCCUUCGACCCCUUCUCGCCGCCUUUCCCCGCCUCGCGUUCGGCGCCGUGCUCCGCCAACGGCUCGCCCACGCUGCCGUCGUUUCGCAUCGCGCCGCUCAACCCGGCCGACUCGCCGCUCAUCGACCUGGGCUGGGCGGCGUGCGGCAAGCCCUCGGACGGAACCAAAGAGAGAGCCCACCCUCGAAGGACUCUGGGCCUCAAACCCUUCAAGUCCCCGACUCAACUCCGAGACGACCGGUUCUGAACGCCGCGAAGCCCGCCCCUCGGCUUCCGUGGGCCGUUCCGCAUCAUCUUCCGAGAGUGUUCCGUCGCUCAGGCCGUUCUUACAGACGCCACGUGGGGAAAAUGGUAGAGGCCACAAUUUCCAUUUCACAAGACGUUGCGACAAAACAAUUGUCGCAACGUCUGUGUCGCUCAUCGUCGGCCUAAAAUCAAAUUCAAUUUUGUUCUUAAGAAGCGGCGCUCGAUUUGCUACUGGAGUUCCUUCCUUGGCACCAGCGAGCAUUUUUCUACGUCCUAUCCAUAUCGUGGCCACAAUUGAAUUGUUUUCCCACGCCAUGCCACGACACGGCACGGCACGGGGCCCCGCAGCUCUGGGAGCCCGAAAGGAACAAAAAUAGUCUAUUCCCAAUCGUGCCACCCGUCUCUGCUCACGUCUGUCGCUGCAGCGGUGGAGCAGCUUCUUCGCCCUCUCCCUCUGCCCGAUUGAAAGCGAAAAGGACAAUGGACAUUUUGGACUGCCUCGUUUGGUCAAUCUCUCAUCGCGUGGAGGAAUUUGGCUCUCAUUCGAAAGGCCACUUUUUGCACGCUUGGGAGGAAAGCGUCGUCGAGGUUUAGCUUGAGCGCACACGAGCACAACAACAACAACAACAACAACAACAAAAACAAAUACAAGCCAGCAGACUAAAAAGCAUGACUCAUGCAUUCCACUCUGGAAGGAGAUCACAUCCCGCUCACAUUCCAGCACAACGGCAGGGGUUGGACACGCCCUCCCGUGGCCCCCGACACGCCAAAGAGUGCCACUGCGACAAUACGACCACUGGGUCCUACCUUCAUUUGCCGCCUCGCCGACUCCGUUCCGUUGAAACAGAUUCGGCCGAACAACCCGUGAGAAGUCUGUCACAUGUCAGCCUAUUGGGCCAAACGACAGAGAAUUCUAUUUUAGGGUUUCUUAUGAGCUCCUUUUUUUUUUUCUGCCCCAAAGAUACAAAACAAGGUGGAGUAUAGUCCUUGUAUUUUAUUAUUAUUAUUAUUUUUAUAUAAAUGUGUAAGUCAAAAGUCCCAUUUCGUAUAUAGGGGGGGGAUAAAAUGCAGCGUGAAUGAUUGACUUCAUCAAUGCCGCACAGUGAGAUUGGAGGACAAUGGGUGGCGUUGUUGUAUUGGAGAGGAAAGAACUUUGGGGUUGGUGGACACGUUCACACGUUUGGUGGUUCGUCGUCUUAUUGCCGUCGUUCAUUUCGAGUGCCUCCGGUUAGCCCCAAAUCAAGUUCAGAUGUUCUAGUAGCCUUUUCCUGACAUGUUUUGAACCCAUGACGAGGGAUUUGUGAGUUUGAUCGCGAAAGUGUCGAGAGGGGAGCAUCGGGACAUUUCCGCGCGUUUGCGCUGACUCGUCGGAAAAGAAACACGGCGCGAGUUUAUGACGGUGACGGUCGAAAUCGACACGAGGUUCCACACGGGCACAACAUUUGACAGCGAUGUGAUAUUCUUUUAGCAGCUGUGAAAGGGAUCAUCUUAAAAAAAAAAAAAAAAGAUGAAA